GAUUUAAGAGUGGGGCCAAGAGAGAAUCGAACUUCUUGAGAAGUUGUUGGUUUCUUAACCGAAGCGAAAACGGCCAACUCUCGCGUCGGUAAGGUUAGGUUUCCAAUUACUUUCCUAAAUAAACGGCAAACGUGAACGAAAACCUUUAAAACGGUUUCAAUCGCCCAAAAUAAAAGUGGUUUCACUUUAAUUUAAAACUUUUUAAAAAAAUGGUUUGUUAGUUUUCGGUUUUCGUCGGGUUUUGAUGGAAUUUAUUGCAGUUCUUUCGUGUUUUGUUCGAUGGUGAGUGUGUGUGCGUUCAGAUUUAAAUGCCUUCGGUGACGUGCCAUAAGUUACUACUAGUUUUGUUAAGUUUUAACGGGUAAAGAAAAAGAAAUGGAGAAUUUGGCGAAUAAUAAUAGCUUAUUGAAUAGUUUACCCGAGGAAAGAGGAUGGGAAUACAAACAAAUAACAAUAACGAGAGUUCCGGGUUAUGGAUUUGGGAUCGCAGUAUCCGGAGGCCGGGAUAAUCCGCAUUUCGCAUCGGGGGAUCCCAGCAUAGCCGUUAGCGACGUUUUGGCUUCUGGCCCAGCCGAAAGACUUCUUCAAGUAAACGAUCGGAUUAUUUCUGUAAACGGCAUCUCGUUACAAAACGUCGAUUACGCCACCGCCGUUCAAGUCUUAAGAGAUUCCGGAGACACGGUGAUCUUAGUGGUUAAAAGAAGAAUCGUUCAACACUCACACAGCGCUUCGUUCCCGGGGACUCCAUUAGCCGCUUUAGGAAUUAAUCCUUUACCGCCGAAAGUUACUUUAACUAAAAAUUCGAAAAAAGAAGAUUUUGGAAUAGUCCUUGGGUGCAAAUUGUUCAUAAAAGAAAUCUCAGCAAAAGCCCGGGAGCAAUUAUUAAACACGAAUCAAAUGUUAUCAGAAGGCGAUUUCAUCGUAAAAUUAAACAACACUAAUUGCAACGAUUUGAUGUCGUUGAAAGAGGCGAAAAAGAUUAUCGAUGGUACGAAAGAUAAACUUCAUAUAACUGUUAAUCGGGAUUUAUCGUCAAAUCAAAAUGCGAUUCAUCAAAUUCAAGGAUCUUUAAGUACUACAGGUGAUGAUUUUUUGACUUCUGGGCAAAGUUAUUCGAAUCAAAACCUUUAUGUUCAACCCCCGACGCGAAAUCCAAAUUUAAAUAACGGUUUCGAUGAUAAAAUGGAUCUUCCAAGUGGCCCGAAUUCCCUUAAUGAAGAUAAAAGUAAUUUAGCACCUAGAGGGCGCCUUCGGGGACCUUUAUCUCAAGACAAUUUGAAUCAACUUGAUCGAAAUAGUUAUGGAAGAUCAAAAGGGCGGGAUGAACCUCCGAGACCACCCCCACCACGCCCUGAAGAUUAUUAUAGUCGAGGGAGAUUAUAUGAUGAAGAUCCAAUUAUUUUAAAAACUAAACAACAACCAAUCCCCGAUGCAAGAUUUAUAACAUUUCAUAAAGAAGGUUCAGUUGGAAUUCGAUUAACCGGAGGAAAUUUCGUUGGAAUUUUCGUCACCGCGGUUCAACCCGGAAGUCCCGCUUCAUUACAAGGCCUCCAACCCGGCGAUAAAAUCUUAAAAGUAAACGACAUGGAUAUGUCGGGGGUUACCCGAGAAGAAGCGGUCCUAUUUCUACUUAGUUUACAAGAUCGAAUCGAAUUGAUUGUGCAAUAUUGUAAAGAAGAAUACGAUUCUAUCGUAGCAUCCCAAAAAGGAGAUAGCUUUUACAUUAAAACUCACUUCCAUUACGAAAAUCCCGCGAAAGGGGAACUUUCGUUUAAAUCUGGUGAUAUUUUCCAUGUUAUUGAUACGCUUUAUAACGGUGUUGUUGGAUGUUGGCAAGUUUAUAGGAUCGGUCCUAAUAAUCAAGAAAUACAAAAAGGAAUUGUCCCGAAUAAAUCCCGCGCGGAAGAAUUGGCAACCGCGCAAUUUAACGCCACUAAAAAGGAAAUGUCAGCGAAUGAAUCGCGGGGUAACUUCUUUAGGAGACGAAGAAGUUCAAAUAGACGAUCUAAAAGUUUAGGAAAAGAACAUUGGGAUGAUAUAUUGUUCUCAGACACCGUUUCGAAAUUCCCGGCUUACGAACGCGUCGUUUUGAAACAUCCGGGUUUUACGAGACCCGUGAUUUUGUUUGGGCCGAUUGCUGAUGUUGCUAGAGACAAAUUGUUGAAGGAUUUUCCGGAUAAAUUUAUUUCUCCACAAUUAGACAACAACACCGAAGAAAAAACCAAAAGCGGUUCAAACAUAAUCCGUUUAUCGGCGAUUCGAGAAGUAAUCUCAACCGGAAAACACGCCUUAUUGGAUAUAACACCAAACGCGGUGGAACGUUUAAAUUAUGCUCAAUUAUAUCCCAUUGUUGUAUUUUUUAAAGCCGACGCUAAAAUCGUAAUUAAACAACUUCGACAAGGCUUACCUAAGUCAGCCCAUAAAAGUUCAAAAAAACUUUUAGAGCAAUGUCAAAAACUCGAUAAAGUUUGGAGUCACAUUUUUUGUUCAACCGUAACGUUAAACGAUAAUUCGGAUACUUGGUAUCGAAAAAUUCGGGAAAUUAUUGAUAAGCAACAAACCGGAGCUGUUUGGAUGAGCGAAACGAAGCCCGAGGAGUCAUUAUCUGAUGACUUCCUCUUCCCAAUGUCGUCAUUGCGUCUUUCGUAUGCUAGUUCACCCGAAAGCGAUCUAGAACACAGUCCGGGACCCCCCGUUUCACCCGGAUUGUCCGGUACCGGAAGCAAUAACGGCCGUUUAACUAAAGCCAGUUCAGAUCCGAGCGUCGUAAUGCCCGAUAGCAGCACUAAUGAUGUUCUUCCACCAUAUCAACCAACUUAUGACACAAGAUAUGGUUUUAACAACCAAAAUUCAAGCGAACCUCAAUCACCGAGCUCCACAGCUAAAGAUAUUAAUUAUAUCCAACAAAGUGAUUCGCAGGAAAUGUUAUCGGGCGAUUUAACCGGGUAUAAAGGACAUUAUCCGGGGCAAGAUUAUAAUAAAAAUGACGGAGCGGCGCAUAAAAGACAAUCGAGUACAUUACACGGACAUUUUAAUCAUUCGAAAACUUUGAGUAUGAGUGAACAACCGAUUUCGCCUACAGGAAGGGAGGGGAUUUAUGGAACCGCUCCUGAUUUACCCCCGAGGGUUGAUAGAGCUGUUAAACCUUUAGGGUUGAUUUCAACACCAACAAAAUCAAAUGGGCCAUCUGCGCAUGAAAGACUUUUUGGAACUAAACCUCCCGAUCAAAAUCCGGAUCAUAAUUUCGCGAAUAAAUUAGGAUCGUUGGAGAGGAGUCAGAAUUCGAAAUCUGACUCUUUAUCAAGUUACGACUCAUUCAACAAUCAAAACUCAAAAUCCCUUGGAAGUCGAAUAAUCCCAAACGCCCACGACGACUUAAAAACGACAUUAUCAAAAAUAGAACCAUCAUCGAACAGUCCCAACAUUCAAAACAGCCCGUCAAAAUACGCUCAUCAAAGAUCAUGGGGGGGGGAUCAAAACCAUCAUCGACACGAUCGUCUCGGAUCAAAAUUAGAUCUAAAAUACGCCGUCCCCCCUUCAAACAACGAAUUAAUGGAUCAAAGCCCGCGUCAUUCCCGCGGUGACGUCGAAAAAGAACCACCACCUCCCGGUUUGGAGCACGUCCAUCAAAGAUUACCCCCCGAACGGAACGAAAUGUAUCGAUACGCUCGAUCGCCUGGAAAACAACAAUUAACUCCUUCCAAGCAACCCCACAUGGAGACAAAAACCGAUUAUGGGAAAUAUAAUCAAGAUUAUUCAAGGGCUUCACAACAAGAUUUGUCACAAUCCCAUUUAAGUAUUCACCAAUCGCCGCAACAACAACAUUUACACCAUCACGGUGGGGGACAAAUGAUGAGGAACGGGGGAGGGAUGGAGAAUGGAAACAAUCAUAUGAAUCAAAAUGGACCGAAUAUGUACAAACCGAUUCCUCCGCCGAAACCGAAAAAUUAUAAACCUCCGUAUAAGAAUCAAAGUUAUGGUCCUGGAGAUGGGAUGAUGCAACCUCCUUUACCAUAUCAACAUGGAAAGAGUCAUAGUAACCCCGUUGAUCAACGUGCUAAUUUACACCAAGAAUAUUAUUACAACAUGCCGCAAAACAACGUCUUACAAAAUAAUUGGCACACUGAGACCGCGGUUCGUUACAACACAAACGUUCAUGGUCAUUAUGAUGUGGCCCCACCGUACGAAAGGCGCCAUCCGAGUAUUUCAUACGCUUCCCGCAGCGAAAUCGCCCCAAUCUCACAACAUGACCCUUACAUGGACGGAAAUGAGAUGAUGGACACAAGACCGGAAAGACCCAACAUCGUUGAUUUGCAAGGAUCGCGAGAACAGCGAGGAAGCGCGUUCGAGCUGUAUCGGAAACCUUUGCAUCAUAAUUUAAGCUCAAGGUUAGAAGACACUAAAUCCUCUUUGUUCGGAUCACAACCUAACAUCACUCAUCUCUUAGAAUCCCAUCAUCAACAUUCUUCACCCACGAACACUAACAAAACCAAAAAGCUCUCAAAAACACAAUCGUUCAAACACCAAAAAGGCGGCGAAACGACGCCGAAAUUCUUCAAGAAGUUCUCGUUUCGCAACAAGACCAAAGAGACGACCCCGAAAAUGGGCAAGAAAUUGUUGCACUUACCCGAUCGGAUUCCCGAAGAUCGCGUCGAAGAGAAACGAAACGAAAAUAAGAAUUACUUAGAUAUGAAUUGGAUUUACGCUAAUAAUAAUUCGAAAGAUGUUACGUAUGCGGUCGUUGAUUGUAAAGGGGGCGUUUUAAUUAAUGAGUAUUGGGGUGUUAAGUUAGAGAUUCCGGAGGCGGCUAUUAAGGCCGGUGUUGAGCAAGAGAUUUAUUUUGUUAUUACGGAUCCGAGGUUGUGUGAGAAUUCGCCCCCGUUGGAUUUAGAAAAUGGUGAAACCAUGUUAUCUCCUUUAGUUAUGUGCGGACCUCAAGGUAUUGAAUUUAAUAAGCCUGUAAUAUUACAUAUUCCACAUUAUGCGAAUACAUUGCCCAGUUUGAGUAUAAGUUUAAAAGCAACGGAUUCGGAAUCAGACGUUCGCACUGAUUGGGAUAACAUUUUGCUUCCAUCCAAUCAUGCAGCGAAUAGUGUAGCGGUUAAAGUCGAUCAUUUUUAACACUUAGUUUUAUUAAUUAACCCCUUAAGGACCAUAUAUAGGACAUAUUUGCAUGUAUUUGAUAAAAAAUUGGUUCUUAAGGGGUUAAUUUAAGCAAAAUUCUUUCUUUUCAACUCUAAAAAAAAUUAAAAUGUGUAAAUAUCUUUUUAAAAAUGUGAUCUAUUUUGUAUAUCAGGUUCCGAUGAGUUCUUUAUUUCAAUGAUAUAGCUAUUUUUUAAGCGAUUAUAUUCUUUUUUAUAUUAUAGGUUAAGUUUUAAAUGUAUUUUGUUCAAUCAGAUAUCAUCAGAUCGUUUUUAAAUAAUAUUAUAUUAUCUUAUAACAUAAGAGUGCUCAGUUUUUUAAUUAAUUAAAUAAA